AUGUCGCGUAGCCCGCAAUCACAAUUGAUGAUGAGCGCGAUGGUUCGCGUUAAAACGCCUAACGGAAAUUUCGUACGAGGCCGCGCUUUAUUAGAUACUUGUGCAACGGCACACUUUGUAACGAAGGAUUUCACCCGAGCGUUGAAGGCGCCUAUAAAACCGUGUUCUAUUUCAGUCGGGGCGAUUAACGAUUUAAACACCAUUUCAAACGGAACGGUCGAACUUGACAUUUACUCGAUCCAUAACGACUUCAAGAAAAAACUUACGUUCUUGUUAAUACCGAAAAUUGCCGAACGAAUUCCGAACGAAGUAUUCCCACGCGAAUCGAUUAACAUUCCCGCAAAUGUAAAAUUAGCUGAUCCACAAUUUCAUAUGCCACAAUCAAUCGACAUGAUUAUCGGAUCCGGAGCUACAUUAUCCUUACUAUCGAUCGGACAAAUUAAUCUUUCGCGAGAUAAUUGUGACUUAUUUUUACAAAAAACCCAACUCGGCUGGGUCGUCGUCAGGGGGGUGGCCUCCACCAGCGGAAGGAAAAUCGUUUCAUGUAAAUUAACGGAGUUGACAGAGCAGAUCGCGAAAUUCUGGUUAUUAGAAGACACGACCGCGAAUCGAGUUAAAAUACCAGAAAAUUUAGAAUGCGAAACGCACUACACACAAAACACGACACGCGAUAAUUCCGGACGCUACACGGUGCGAUUACCAUUCCGUUUAACCGAAAGAGAUUUCGGGAAUUCACGCGCGAUCGCACUACGUCGAUUUUACGGAUUACAGAAAAAACUCGGUACUAAUCCUGCACUCAGACGCGAAUACGAGAACGUGAUGCGCGAAUACAUUGAGUUAAAUCAUAUGACGUUAAUAAUAGACGAUACUGAAGAUGGUUAUUAUCUCCCUCAUCAUGCGGUUAUAAAACCUACAAGUACCACAACCAAGGUACGAGUCGUAUUCGAUGCAUCGGCAAAGACCAAUAAAGGAAUAUCAUUAAACGAUGCCUUAAUGGUCGGCCCCACGAUUCAAGCCAAAUUAUUCGAACAUCUCAUUCGCCUCCGUGCGCACAAAUACGUACUCAUUGCCGACAUCGAAAAGAUGUACCGGCAAAUUCAAAUUCAUCCUGAUGACCGUCGAUAUCAAAAAAUAUUUUGGUAUCACGAGAAUCACAUUCGCACUUUCCAAUUAAAUACUGUGACUUUCGGUGUAUCAGCAGCUCCAUUUCUCGCCAUUCGAACGGUACAACAACUUGCAGAGGACGAAGCCGCGAAUUUCCCAGUAGGCGCCGAAAUUCUAAAACGCGAUUUCUAUGUCGAUGAUCUUUUAACCGGAGCCGAUACGUUAGAACAGCUUUUACAAAUUCGCGACGAGGUUAUCGAGAUUCUAAGACGCGGCGGUUUCAGUAUGAGACAGUGGGCGUCGAUUCACCCACAAGCUCUCGAGGGUUUAGACAAAAAAAUUAUAGAUGUAGAAUUUCUAACUAACGAGAAUCUCAUUUUAAAAACUCUAGGAAUCGAAUGGAAUGCACACCGCGACGAAUUAAUUUAUACGGUUAAACCUAUCAAAUCCGUUUCAAAGAUUUCUAAACGUUACAUUCUAUCCGAAAUAGCCAAGAUUUUUGACCCGCUCGGGUUGCUCGGUCCGAUCACUCUCGCGUGCAAGGUAUUGAUACAAGAAUGCUGGAAGGCGAAAAUUUCCUGGGAUGAAUCGGUACCCCACGCAUUACAUUCAUCGUUAACGGAACAACUCGAACUCCUUGAUCAUCUCACUAUUAACCGUCGACUUAUUCUCGAUGAUCCUACCGAAAUUCAAUUACACGGUUUCUGCGACGCAAGCAAGAUCGGUUACGGAGCUUGCGUGUACAUAAGAUCCCGUAACGAACAAGACGACGUACGUGUACAACUUUGUUGCGCCAAGGUACGCGUCGCCCCCCUCAAGGACGUAACAAUGCCUCGACUCGAGUUAUGCGGCGCGCUCACUCUCGCACGUUUAUAUCACGAAAUCCACACCGCCCUCACAUUCAAACCCGACAAGAUCAUUUUCUGGUCCGAUUCUAUGAUAAUCCUACACUGGUUAAAGAGAUCACCCGACGCGCUCAAGGUAUUUGAAUCAAAUCGUGUUAGGGAAAUUCAAGAAAUCUGUAGAGACGCCGAAUGGCGACAUGUUAGAUCGGAAAACAACCCGGCCGAUGCCCUAUCACGUAGCCAACUUCCGCGAGAAUUUUUGAGAAAUGAAUCUUGGUUUAACGGACCAUCAUGGCUCAGACGAUCCGAAAACAGCUGGCCAACAUCCCUCGAAGUUCCAAUCAAAGAAUUACCUGGUUUAAAGAAAGGCAUAUGUUUAAUUUCGCAAACUUACUCAGAUGACAUUUUUCUAAGAUUUUCAUCCUACACGCGAAUGAUUCGAACUAUCGCGUAUUGCUUACGAAUGUCACCAUCGAAACGGGCCAAAGGCGCGCUAUCAAUACGGGAAAUAAUAGAAGCCGAAAACCGAAUAUUACAGAUCAUCCAAGGAACGCGAUUCGCGGACGAAAUCAAACGCAUAUCGAAUUCGAAGGAAAUAAAGGGCACAAGAUUAGCGUCGUUAAAUCCGAUGAUCGACAAUGACAAAUUACUUCGCGUCGGCGGCAGGCUGCAGAAUGCAAACAUUCCUCUUGCACAAAAACAUCCGAUAUUGUUACCUUCACAUCAUCAUGUAACAGAUUUAAUUAUUCGCGAGACCCACGAGAAAAAUCAUCACCCGGGCAUUCAAUCCACCCUAUAUACAAUUCGCCAUCGGUUUUGGCUUCUCGACGGAAAAAAUCAAGUGCGCAAAAUCGUUCGACGUUGCGUACGCUGCAUUCGAUUUCGCGCAACACCCGUAGAAUAUAAAAUGGCAAACUUACCGAAAGCCAGAGUCGAAGAUAACGUCACCCCAUUUCAUCAUACGGGCGUUGAUUUUUUCGGUCCCAUGUUUAUCAAGGAAAAGAAAUAUCGAAAUCGAAACCGCAGAAAAGUAUACGGCUGCGUGUUUAUUUGCAUGUCGGUAAAAGCCGUGCACAUCGAGAUCGUCAGCGAUCUUACAACAGAAGCGUUUCUCGCGGCGUUAAAACGAUUCAUAGGACGAAGAAGCAUACCCGCUCACAUUCAUUCAGACAACGGGACUAAUUUCGUAGGCGCGAACAACCAAUUACGCGAAUUAUACGCAUUAUUCAAAUCCGACGAGUUUAAAACACAAAUUGACGAGUUUGCCACAUCCAAGAAAAUUUCUUGGCACUUCAAUCCACCACUUUCACCUCAUUUCGGAGGCAUAUGGGAAGCGGCAGUCAAAUCGUUUAAACACCAUCUAAAACGAGUAGUAGGCGAUCGUUUAUUUACAUACGAAGAAUUAAACACCUUGGCAAUAGAGAUUGAGGCUAUAUUAAAUUCAAGACCUCUGUGUCCAAUAUCCACCGAUCCAAAUGAUCCUAUAGCAUUAACACCCGCUCAUCUGCUAGUAGGGCGACCCCUCACGAUGCUGCCGGAGAAUGAUUAUACGUCUGUUCCAGAAAAUCGCCUAACAUCCUGGCGAUUAAUAACCAAGGACCGCCAGGAUUUUUGGAGCAGGUGGCAUAUUGAAUACCUCAACGAGUUACAAAAACGGCAGAAAUGGAUUGGUUCCGACACCGGAUUACAACAGGACGCGGUGGUUAUCCUAAUCGACAAGGACCAGCCGUGUAUGCGAUGGCCGCUGGGGCGUAUUGUGGAAACUCACCCCGGAAAUGACGGCAUGAUCAGAGUCGUUACCGUCAAGACGGCUCAAGGAACCUUCCAACGCAACGCUAAACUAAUUUGUCCGCUGCCAAAUGUCUCGUGA